GCCAUCAGCUGGUGCUGGGUCCGGCCUGUAAGAGGAGUCCUCGGGCACAGCAGUCGCACCUUAAAUCUUGGCCUCCCUGCAUCAGUGGACCAAGGGUGGCACAGGGCACGGCUGCUGUGAUUGUGGUAAUAUUUGGUCUCAUCUGGUAGACUGGAUUACAGAUAAGAGUGUAAAUUUAAGGUCUUAUUGCAGAGCAAAAUGGGAGAUGCUGAAGCAGGCAAGAAGAUCUUUGUUCAGAAAUGUGCUCAGUGCCACACGGUGGAAAAAGGCGGGAAACACAAGACAGGUCCAAAUCUCUGGGGCCUCUUUGGCCGAAAGACAGGACAAGCACCAGGAUUUUCGUACACUGAUGCAAACAAGAACAAAGGUGUUAUCUGGUCAGAAGAAACUUUGAUGGAAUAUUUGGAGAACCCGAAGAAAUAUAUCCCUGGCACUAAAAUGAUCUUUGCUGGUAUCAAAAAGAAGAGUGAGAGAGAAGAUCUUAUUAAGUAUUUAAAAGAGGCCACAUCCUCAUGAAGUAGUAUUUCAGCUUCAAAAUAUUUGCUACCAGUUUCAAAUAUUGUGUUUAAUAAGAAGCAUAUCUGAUCUUUUUGAUCAGCCUGAAGUAAUUUAAACUUGUUAAAAUAAAGGUUGAUAUUUUUGAUUGUUUAAAUUCCA